AUGGCUACUGAAACUAACUCAAGAGAUAGCUCUCUCACUCUACUCAAACAAGGAGCCGAAGCUAGGGUCUAUGAGUCUUCUUUUGUGGGAAGGAGAUGUGUUGUCAAGGAGCGCUUCUCAAAGAAGUACAGGCAUCCAAUCUUGGAUUCUAAAUUGACACUCAAGCGCUUAAAUGCGGAGGCAAGGUGCGUAACCAAAGCAAGGAAACUUGGGGUUUGUACUCCCGUGCUGUAUGCUGUUGAUCCUGUGUUGCACACUUUAACAUAUGAGUAUGUUGAGGGCCCUUCAGUCAAGGAUGUAUUUCUUGAAUUCGGGUCACGUGGCCUUGAUGAAAAGAGUCUGGACAACAUUGCAACCCAAAUUGGACAUGCAAUUGGAAAGCUACAUGAUGGUGGUCUUGUUCAUGGUGAUUUAACAACAUCAAACAUGUUACUCAAGAAUGGUAGCAAUCAGUUGGUUCUUAUUGAUUUUGGUCUGAGCUUCACUUCAACUCUACCGGAAGAUAAAGCUGUUGAUUUGUAUGUUCUGGAAAGAGCUAUUCUGUCAAUGCAUUCUUCUUGCGGGAAUGUGAUGGAUCGGAUACUUGCUGCAUACCGCAAGUCAUCCAAGCAGUGGUCAUCCACAUUGAACAAGUUGGCACAAGUGCGGCAAAGAGGACGAAAGAGGACCAUGGUUGGAUGA